GUAAUUUGGCAUUUAAUUAUUGGAUAAAAUGUCUUCCCCAAGCAAGAGGCGGGAAAUGGAUGUAAUGAAGUUGAUGAUGAGCGACUAUAAUGUGGAAACAAUAAAUGAAGGACUCAACGAAUUCAAUGUCGAAUUUCAUGGUCCCAAAGAAAGUCUGUAUGAAGGCAGAGUUUGGAAAAUCCGGGUUGAGCUUCCAGAUGCUUAUCCAUACAAGUCUCCUUCUAUUAGAUUCUUGAAUAAGAUAUUUCACCCAAAUGUUGAUGAAACGUCUGGUUCUGUAUGCUUGGAUGUUAUUAACCAAUCCUGGAGUCCAAUGUUUGAUCUUUUAAACAUUUUCGAAGUUUUUCUUCCGCAGCUCUUGCUUUAUCCAAACCCUUCAGACCCCCUAAAUGGGGACGCAGCAUCAUUGAUGAUGAAGGAUCGAAAACAAUAUGAUCAAAAAGUUAAAGAAUUCUGUGAGCGUUUUGCAAAGAAAGAAAUAUCACUAAAGCAACAGCUGAUGAGGAGACCGAUGAUGAUGAAAAUGUAACAGAUGAAGAAACCGGGUCCAGUGAUGAUGAAAUUGCUGGGCAUGCUGAUCCAUAAAAUACCUUUGGAGGUCAUGGUUUCUAUGAAUUAAAGUCUGGAUGAAAGCCAUUCAUCGCUCUCCUCAGCAUAGAAAAUUAGAAGUGAUAAAUGAAUUCUCAUAA